GCAGCGGGAACCGCCUCCCAGCCAGGGCGUGGAUCGAGCCCCCGGCGGAAGUGGCGCGGCGGCGGCGGCGGCCCGCGGCCUGGGCCAGGUGUGGUUCAAGCAAUUAUGGAUAAAAGGGGGGUGUUGACAGAAGCCGUGAAUGGUGAUACAUUGCUUGACAUUAACAGACUCAGUGCAAUGAAAUUCCCUCAUCGCUACACAAAAGAAGAACUCCUGGACAUUAAAGAGCGUCCCCACUCAAAACAGAGACCAUCAUGUCUGUCCGAAAAAUAUGACAGUGAUGGAGUUUGGGACCCAGAAAAAUGGCAUGCAUCACUCUAUCCAAAUUCUGGAAGGACUUCACCGGUGGAAGUGCUCAAGAAGGACUUGGACUCAGAUCGGACUUCCCUCAUGCGCAGGAUAGUAGAUCCUAAGGAACGGGUAAAAGAAGAUGACUUGGAUGUGGUGCUAAGUCCACAGAGACGAAGCUUUGGAGGGGGCUGCCAUGUCACUGCCGCUGUAGGUGCCCGUCGAGCAGGGAGCCCACUAGAGAAAGAAAAUGACUGUGUCCGUGUCAUUGGUGGACGUAGGAUUGGCAGUGGGAGAAUAAUCUCUGCACGUAACUUCGAUAAAGACCACCGAGGUGGUGAAAAGGAUUCACGGGACUCGAGAGAUGGAAGGGACAGAGACCGUGACAGGGAGUACAAAGACAAGCGUUUCAGGAGAGAAUAUGGGGACAGCAAGCGUGUCUUUGGAGAACGUCGAAGGAAUGACUCCUAUACAGAGGAGGAGCCGGAAUGGUUCUCUGCAGGCCCCACAAGUCAAUCGGAAACCAUUGAACUUAUUGGAUUUGAUGAUAAAAUACUAGAGGAAGAACAUAAAGGACGAAAGCGAACAAGGCGGCGCACAACCUCUCUGAAGGAAGGAAUAGAAUGCAAUGGUGGAGUAGCAGAAGAAGAGCUACAGACUGUUCUUGGCCAGGAGACAUCAGCAGAUCAAGAAGUCCCAAGGGAAAUGGCACUUCCAGAACCAGCUCCAGGAGAGUUUGAUUUCAAUGAGUUCUUCAACCUGGAUAAGAGUGUUCCAGGUUUGGCUUCGAUGAUAGAAGAUGUGCUUGGGGAAGGCACUGUGUCAGCCAGCAGGUUCAGCCGCUGGUUUUCUAAUCCUAGCCGGUCUGGAAGCCGCUCGAGUAGUCUUAGAUCUACACCCCACGAAGAGUUGGAAAGAUUAGCAGGUCUAGAGCAAGGCAUUCUAUCCCCUGGUCAGCAUUCUGGAAACUACUUUGCUCCCAUUCCUUUGGAAGAUCAUUCUGAAAACAAAGUGGACAUCCUAGAGAUGCUACAGAAAGCCAAAGUGGACUUAAAACCCCUCCUCUCAAGUCUCUCAGCCAACAAGGAGAAGCUUAGAGAGAGCACACAUUCAGGAGUUGUACUUUCAGUGGAAGAAGUAGAAGCUGGGCUGAAAGGCCUGAAAGUGGACCAGGAAGGGAAAACGGCUGCCCCCUUAAUGGCAGAGCAGAUGGAAGAGUCCCUAAACAUGGCUGACUCCCGGCACCUUAAGGAUGGUGAUAUGUCUGCCUUCAACAAACUAGUCAGUACUAUGAAGGCAAGUGGGACUCUACCUUCACAACCAAAAGUCAAUCAAACCCUUGAAAGCCACUUGAUACCGCCUCCUGAGGUGCCAGGCCAGUCGGCCACAAAGAAUAUCUUGCAGGAGAUCCUUGGGCCGCCCACUGGCAGACCUCCAUCUAAUGUCCUCAGCACCUUGAUGAGUGGCUUGGAACCUGUGUCAUCCCUCCUUGGCCAAAGAGCACCCUCUCCACCACAGCCUCCCAUCUCUCAGAUGUUUCCUACUCGGGCUGCUUCUGCUGAUUACCUGAGACAUCACAUUCCCUCCCCAGUUGGCUUUGGACCAGGUUCUCAGCAGUUGCUUGGUGAUCCAUUUCAGGGGAUGCGGAAGUCCAUGAGCCCAGCUGCUGCACAGAUGAGUCCUCUUGAGUUCCAGCAAGCUGCACUAGAAGGACUCUCUCUAUCACAUGACUUAACCAUGCAAGUGUCAAAUUUCUACCAGUCAGGUUUUGGCAAACUACAAAUGGACAAAAACAGAGAUGGCUUCAGGAACAGGCAACAGCGCAUGACUAAAUCGCCUGCACCCCUGGGCCACAGAGGAAAUGCCUCUUCUCCUCCAGCCCCUGCUGCUUCUGUCACUAGCAUGCUGUCUCCUUCCUUUACUCCUACCUCAGUGAUACGCAAGAUGUAUGAAAGCAAAGACAAAAGUAAAGAUGAUCCAAAUCCUGCAAAGCUGAAAUCCAGUGAGAGAGAUGAAGGUCUGAGAACAAAUGAAGAGAGCCUGCUGCCAUCUAGGUCCAUAGAGCACGUAGAUCAAGAGAAUUCACCCUCUGUAGGUACCAAAUUAUCAUCACUGCAACGUUCUGCAUGUUCAACACCACUUUCUCAAACAAAUCGUUGCACCAAAGAGCAAGACUACAGGCCGAAGUCCACUGGGAGAAAGACCCCUACUAUGGCUUCCCCAGUUCCAGGGACUACUUUUCUCCGCCCUGUCCACCAGGUCCCCCUGGUUCCUCAUGUACCAAUGGUACGGCCCGCUCAUCAGCUGCCCCCAGGAUUAGUCCAGAGGAUGCUUGCACAAGGUAUUCAUCCACAGCAUCUUCCGUCACUAUUGCAAGCAGGUAUGAUUCCUUCUGGGGUAGACCUGGCUCAUUUACAGGGAGUAUCUGCUCCCAUCCUUGGUCAGCCUUGCUACCAACUACCAACAGCUAGCCAUCCUCUCUUGAACCCUCGUUCUGGGACAUCUUUGCAGCUGGCAAUGAUGCAACAACAGCUACAGAGAUCAGGCUCAAGCGCACAGGGAUCUGCUGUCGGUGUACAAACUGCUGCUCCGAACGUGCCACCUCGGGCUGGACUGCCUCAUGUGCACCCGCAGCUUGACCGUCGUGCUGGCCAGCGAAGCGGCUCCCCUGUCGGCCUUGCAAAAUGGUUUGGCUCCGACGUCUUACAGCAGCCUCUCCCUUCCAUGCCGUCUAAAGUAAUCAGUGUAGAUGAGCUGGAGUAUCGGCAGUGAGAUUGGGAAGCAGGUGCCUGUGCAGUUCCUGACUAGACACGGAUGUCCUCGGGCAGCUGCCUUCGAUGUGCUUCACUGGUAUUUGUUUUGGGGCGCUUUGGUUUUAGCACUUUGUGCAAAAUUCUUUUUUGAAUGACUAAAAGCACGUGGCACCUGUCCCAGCUUCCUCAUCUACAUCAAGAUGAAAGAAUCUAUUAUAGACUGAACAGUGAACCCUGAAGAAACUCGGAUGCAAGCUGGUAUCAAUUUAAUUCUGGAAGCAUCUACCUUUUUUGUUUCGCUUUUUUGUAAAAUAUGUGGAUGAAGUGCUGAUGUCCUCUUGGGGUAGAGGAAGCAGCUGAGGGUUCACCACAGGAAAUUAUAUGUAUAGACCCUUGUGUACAGACCAAUGUAUAAACAUCUUUUUUUGUAUAUAUCCACAGGACAGCUUUUUUGAACCUAUACAGCUGUACAUAAGAGUAGCUAGUAAAAAGUUAAGCUUUAGUUUGUGUGCCUCUGGUUUGGAUCUUUUCACUGUACAUGUGGGACUUGUUUAAGAUUAAAGGUGCCGCAGACGUCAAGUGUGAGUGAACAGGGUGAAGUUGCUUUGCCUCUUGCCGUUUCCAAGUCCUUCUUCAUUGCUUCCUCUGUCAUAUGUAAUGUGACAGCUGAAGUGGAAAAAGAGCCACUGUGUACAUCUUGCCCUUCUCCAAGCAAAGUGGAAUGUAUGAGCUUCAUUGAAGUUGGAAUCGUCAGUAUUUGAGCAUGUGGAAAGUGGGCUGCUGUACACUGUUCUUGAUAACUAUCUACCUUAGACAAAUUUAGGUACAACAGUCCUUACACCGGAUUGUUCUUGCUGCAGUGUAGUGCAUCUUUAAAAUUGCCUUCCACUAGCAAAGGUCAGACAGAGCUUCUCCCAAUGGCCCACCAUCACUGGUUCUUCAUUACCAGUAGCUAUAGAAACCUCCCCACCUGCCCCAGCUGUGAAAUGAUGGCCUGAAACCACAUGAUUAUGCUCUGUCUUCAGCCCAAAACCAAACACAAUGGUGAACUUUUGCAGCUUGACAGAAUGCUGUGGCUAGAUGACCCAGAAUAGUGUUGAGAAAUAAGGUGGCUGGAAUAUAUAUAUAUGGCCAUCAAUGACAGAACACUUGACUAUUUUGUAAAAAAAGAAAAAAGCGAACUAGUUGAGUACAACUUGUGGUCACAGUCUCUUCCCUGUAAGAUUGUUUCAUAACUUUUUUAAAAUGGCAAUUUCCCCAAAACUCAUUCUGUAAAUAAAGUCAAUUCUAUGAGC